AUGGGGACUGCGAAUCCGAGUGAUGUUGGUGUCCCUCCUAACAAACAUAUGGAGACUGGCCCAAUAGCCGGGGUGUCUUCCUUAAUGUGUUCUUGGAGCAUUCAUGGGCUUGACAUCCGGCGAAUGCUCUUGCGCCUGAUCCCCGUGUUCAGGUUAAGUGGCUAG